AACCGAGCGGCGGCACUCGGCCGAGGACUGUUUUGCCAGAGUAUCUCAGUAAUGCUUUGCAUGGCCAGCUAGCCGCAACUCGGCAGUCGUGUAGCUGAGACUCGCGUCGUAUAUUUAUCGUUUAACUCGGUGUGGACAUCGUGUUGUGUGAUAUGUAUUAUUAUUAUUAUUAUUACUACUACUACUAUAUUACGAGAUGAGGACGAAUAGAGUUGGUGACGAAUAAAAGGAGAAAUUAAAAGACCGUAUAUAAAAUAAUAUUGAUAGCUGAAACGGGUGAGUUAAAAUACACACUGUGUUUCAACGAUAAAGAGAGAUAUAUUUUUCGGGCGUGGAUCCAAUCAUUUUCUUCUUCUCGAACGGAGAUUCGAACGACUAGAACACAACGACGACAAAUAGAACUGAAGAACUCAAGUAUAGUGUCUCAACACGUUGAUGAGGCAAAUAGAAAGUAAUUGUUGAAGAUAUCAAAUAUAGUCGAGUGUUUAAAGAAAGACAGUGGGACACAUUUGUGGUGUUGUUACGUGUGAUAAAAGUAAGGAUUGAUAACUUUAUAAAAAGAAGAAGAAGAAGAAGAAGCCGGAUCAGUGGACGGACGGCAGCGACUACGCUCGCUGCGGCCCUGGUGGAAUCUCGAUUCCACCCCAAACGUGUUUCCUCACUUGAGAACCGAGCUACCAUCGAGACUAACUGUGUAUGGUGCACGAGCGAAUCAAGAUGCUGUCGUCGGUGCCAGCGAAAUAAUAAUGUGGUGCGACGUUGGUCAGGUGUAGGAAGAACUGACGUAACAUCUCCAUUUUCCUUUCGUGGAAAGUUACGCGACGACGGUGGCGCCUCUGACGUACGACUAGACGACUUUCAAAAUAGAAAGGCCCGCCACUUUGAAAAUAGGUUUCGAAAUAUACGUGGCCAGACGCUUGAUCCCUUUCGAAUGUGCGUGCGGCCUCUAAAAUAGGGAGGAAGAGAGAAGCUUGACGAAAUGGAAGGAAAGAGGAGGAAGAAGAGGAAGGAGAAGAAGCAGCAAAGAAGAAGAACGAACGAACGAGUGGAAGAGAGUUGUGCAAUGAUGGGUCUGCAGGCCACGGCAGGAAAACGUAAACUGGAGGGAGGUGUGGGCUGCAUGGAGUUCGAUAUGGACAUGGGCGAAAGCCCGUCAAAGUUAGGUCGCGUUGAGGGUAGUUGGUGGGCUAUGGAAGAUAGCUAUACACCGCCGCUCAGUCAGACGCAAGCAUCUUAUUACGAUAUGGAGGUAUCGUCGCCCUGCUUGCAAGCUAAUCCCUGUCAACCGACAUCGGGGAGUAAUCAACAGCAGCAGCAGCAGCAACAACAGCAACAACAACAACAUUCGACGUCGCAGCAACAGCAGCAACACUCGGCGUCUCAACAACAGCAGCAGCAACAACAACAACAGCAGCAACAGCAACAGCAGCAAUCGUCAACAUCCCCGUCGGCAGCGAAUGCCUCUACGGUGGUGCAGCUACAUCAUCACCCGCAACAUUACUAUCAUCAACGCGGUGCCUCCGGUAGUCCGAUUGGUAACAACGGUUACAACCAAUUGUCGAGGCCUCAACCUCAAUGGGGAACUCCCCAUCAUUACGAGCCGCCAACGAUAAGACGUGAAGAGAACGGGAAGAGCUACCUCGAGUUGGGUUCGAGUUACCGCGCGAACGAAAGGUGCUGCGAGGGCUCCAGGUCGAGUUGGUGUCGACGAGGUAGAGCCUGCUAUCGGCAGAGACGAAUGACCGUUCUCAACAUCUCUAUGUGUAAAUUGGCCAAGUACCGUCAGUUCCCCGAUCCCAGUUUACAUCGGUCGGUCCUCAUUUGCAAUACCCUAAGGUAUUUGGAGCGCGAGAUGGAAAGGGACAGGAGUCCACCGCCCAUGGAACCGGUAAUACCCGCGCCCAUUGCGCAGCUUCAACCACCCGAACAGGGCAGGUUAACCCCAUUCCCGAUGCCACCAACUUCUUCCGGGGAGACGGACGCGGACUCGGGUAUCGGCGAUAGCGACGAUAGCAGAUCGAUCAAUUGGGGUAGUGUGCUAUCGCUUUCCAGUCAGUCACCUCUCGAUCCACUCAACAAUAACGAGCUUCUCGACGUUGACAUCGGACCAGACUUGGAUCUCGACUUUAUGCCUGGAUGGAAAUUAACUCCUCUAUCGGCGGACGAUAUUCUUAGGAGUACGACGAUACAGGAACAGCAGCAACAGCAGCAACAACAACAGCAACAACAACAACAGCAGCAACAACAGCAACAACAACAUCACCAUAAUCACCACCACCACCAUCAUCAACACCAACAGCAACAACAGCAACAACAACAGCAACAGCAAUUGCAACAUUUAACCUCAUCGAGCUGUGGUAGCACAAACGUUGGUGGUUCAGGUGUAAAUAACGCGAGCAGCAGUAGUACGCACGAAUCGCUUAUGUGCGUAGGAUCAUAGCCCCCAAUAUUAACAUCGUUGAGUCAUCUCAUCGAUUUCUAUCCCCUGACACCGCAAGGCAAAUAAAGAGCGAUUGUCAUGGGGUCCCCUCCACACAAACACAUAUAGAGAAAGAAAAAAAUAAAGGAGGAAGGAAGGAAGGAAGAGGCAUUCGGGCCUCUUAACUCGGACCGUUCGGUCCCGUCCUCCAAAAAUUUGUGCCUCCAUCUGCACGUUUCUUCGGUUGCUCGCAUCAAUAACGAGCUUCGAAUUUGAUAGCAUGGCGAUCGAAUGGCGUUAUAAAAAACAUUUAGCGAGGACGUUAUACACGGGACCGAACUAGAACGAGUGAAAGUAUGGAAUAUAGGAAUGAUAUGAAGAGUGAUAAGUAGAAGAAGAAGAAGAAGAGGAUCAGAGCUCUCAACGUCCACGCCCCCGGGCCGGCGAUGCGGUAGAUGAAGAGAGUACCGAAGGAAAGAAUGAGAAAGAAAGAAAGAAAGAAAGAGGGAAAAAGAUUUUUGAACAGCUUGCCAUUCCCAGUCGAUUGCGACGGGAAUUGACGAAAAUCCAGAACCUUCUACUAGACUCCUGUUCCUCCUCCUACUCCUCCCACUCCUUAACCCCCUCCUUCUCUUCUUCCCUACUACUCGAAAGUCCCAGAAGAAUCGAUAGACGUGGUAUCGCUCGCCUAGCCGGCCGGCGUUGAGAACUCUCCGUCGAUUAAUCGUAAGUCGCACGAAGAAGAAAAAGUAGAUGAAAAAGAAGAAGAAGUAGAAGAAGAAGAAGAAAAGACACGUGGACCCCUGUGGCGAGAAAAAAAAACAGGGGGGGGGGUGUGUUGUAUGCGAGAACGAUCACGACCGCCGUGGCCUAUAUCUUUUAAGAGACGUCCUACGUACGACGCAUGGAUGAGAUAAUUAAAAUAGAAACGGACACACGUACGUGCGUGCGUGCGUGCAUGCAUAUACGCGAGCACGUAUACAUUUCUCUCAACGCUUAUGGUGCUAGGGGUUGUGCGAGCCAGCCAACCUUGCUGGCUACGAAACCUGGUGCUCUUUCUUUAUCGAGAACAGCUAACAAACGAAAGAGCUGAACUGUCUCUCUUUUUUCUCAAUUCUCUCACUCUUUAUCCCUUUCUCUCUAACUCUCUUUACUCACUCGCGCACACACUCUCUCUCUCUCUCUCUCUCUCUCUCUCUCUCUCUUUCUCUGAUUCAUCGUCGAUUAUUUAGAUUAAUUCCGAACAUCAUGUUGCAUCUCCCCCGAAUCGACGAUAAGUUUGAAUUCGAGAUAGAGAUGAUUUAAGAAAAAAAGAAAAAGAGAGUUGAUAGAGGGUGCAUGGAGGAUGGUGGAGGAAGAGAAGGAGAAGGAGGGGUAGAGAGAAAGAAGGAAUGAAGGUCGGAAACGUGGCGCGUGCCGAUCCUUGAAACGGGAAAUCCCGGCGCUUACGAUUCCGACGCGCGACGCUAAACAAUUACGUACCUGCACAUUUCGAGAUAUCGGGAUAAUAUAAAAAUAAAAAAAAAAAAAAACGAAAAAAAAAAGUUGUUAACCCCCCGGUGGUUGUAGUUAGCGAUGGCGGCCACCCUCGCGCCACUGAUCUCCCCGUAAUAAUGUAUCAUAAUGUAUCUAUGUACACACAAACACACACAUACACACGUAUAUAAACCAAGCGUGGCCCCGCUUGCCACAUACGCCCCCGCCGGAGGGAAAACUCGCUCGAUUAAUGACGACGACGACGAAUGACACGACGACCGAUCACGAUGACGACGAGAUUGAGAAUUUAGUCAGGAAGAAGAAGAAGAAGAAGAAGAGAAAAGAAAAGAAAAAAAAAAGGAAGGAAAAUGUUCUACUCUCGUUCGUGUUUACUCUUGGCAGCAGAGACGUUGACUCUCGUCGGUGCGAUAUCACAAUAAUAAAAAUAAAUCAAUCGAAAUUUUUACUUACUCGGGGAUUGUGUUGUGUUGUUUAUCGAUCGACUCAAUUUUUAUUUCUAUCGCAAUAGUUCGCGAAAGGGGUUUUUUUCUUAUUUUGUGGAAUAAGAGGGGGAUGGAGGGGGGAGGGAGAAGACGACGGGGUUUUUCAUAGGAUUUCAAACGAUUACAUAUAUAUAUAUCGAAACUUUCAUAACGAAGCAACGACGUUGAGUGUGGAGUCUCGCGCCGCCAAAUGGGGGAUCGAUCGAGAAAGAGAGAAAAAGAGAGAGAGAGAGAGACAGAGACAAAGAUAGAGACAAAAAAGAAAGCUAAGAAGAGAGAUAGAGAGAGAGAGAGAGACUUGUUCGAUAGAAAAAAAACAAAACAAAAUAAAUAAAAAAGUGCACGCAUAGCAGAGAUAUGAUGAUAUAUUCGUUUGUUACAAAUCGAUUUGGUGUGUAUGUCGUUCGUAGAGAAAGAAAAACGAAUUCGCGUGAGAGAUCGGUAAAAAUGGUGAGGAAUUCCCUUUUGGGAAUUUUAAAUAACAACAACAAAAUACCGAUCUCAAAUCUCGUGGAUCAUCGAUCCCGUCGUACUAUUUUACAUCGAAAAUGAGAGAAAGAGAGAGAGAGAGAGAGAGAGAGAAAGACCUCAACACAACGUAUAUGUGAACAUGCGAAGAAAAUAGAAAGAAAGAUAGAGCGAGUGAGAGAAAGAGAGAGAGAGAGAGAGAGAGAGAGAGAGAGAGAGA